GAAGAACAACAACAACAACAAAUACUUUGUUAUCUAUAUAAUAAUAAAUUGUUGUGUUUUAAUCUCUUAAUCAGAUUUAGAAAAGAACACAUUUUUACAACAGUUUUUAUGAAGCAGACAAGGACAAUCUCAAGAAGGAACUGAUGCUGCACAAAACCAAAACUUGUAUAAUGUGUUUCUGCAUAUAUAAAACAGAAAUGGAAGUGUUUUGCAUCAUAUGUUAUAAAACUUUGUUAUACACUGUUGUCUGUGUUCAAGUCCAUUUGCAUUUGUAAAACAGAUGUUCAGAAGUUCAUUUGCUUUCAAAAUAAACUUCAUAAUCUUUUCAUGAAACACCAGUGGACAGGUCACAUUCUAUCUGAUAGAUGUCGAGCAAGUUCUUUCAAUUUGAACAGAAAAUGGAGAAUUCACAGAGACCCAUGCUUCUUUUUUUAGGGAUAUAUAUUUUCUCAAUGCAGUGGAUACUGGCCCAUCAGCAAGUCAAUGUGGCCUUAGGAGGAAUAGCAACACAAUCAUCUGUAUUCAAUUACUGUAAUGCUUCUUUUGCUAUUGAUGGCAUCAAAGAAACUGAUGCACGUUUACACUCAUGUUCACACACAAAAACUGAAUCUAACCCAUGGUGGAGGGUGGAUUUGUUGGCAGUGUACAACAUUAGCAAUGUAAGCAUCACUAACAGAGGUGACUGCUGUCCAGAACGGAUAAAUGGUGCUGAGAUCCACAUUGGCAGCUCACUAAUCAGCAAUGGCAACAAUAACCCCAGUUGUGCUGUUAUAGCUAGUAUGCCUGCUGGUGCUUCUGUAAACUACACCUGCAAUAUGCAGGGUCGUUAUGUGAACAUCUUCAUUCCCAUCGCUGGCCAGAUUCUCACACUCUGUGAAGUGGAAGUCUAUGUGGUUUCAGUCCCUGUUACUAAGAAAGCAUUUUUGAAAUUGAAGUUUAACAGCAACGAGGAUCUCAGAAACCCUACAGUAAGGGACACAAUUCUUCAAAAGAUCAAAUCUGCCAAUGUGUAUUCAUCGGUAGUUAAUGUUCGUUGGACAAAGGAACCACAACUUGAAAUUAAAACUUAGAAAAAGACAGAAAAUCAUCUUAAAUAGAAGUAGAAGAAGAAGACGCAGCUACGGUCUAUGGACUACUAUGUUCUAUGUACAGUGUGUCAUUUAUUUAUAGGUUUAAAUGUAAGUUUAGUCAGUUAGAUAUUAUAUAAUAUGUUUAUGCUAGUUAGAUUUUUGUCACUAAUUAUAAUUGAGAAGAUUUCUUGAAAAGUGAGAAUUUCUGUGGAACAGAAUAGAAAAGAAAGCAUUCACUUUGUAUGAGCUACUUAUUCAUCUGUCCCCUUUACAGUUUUUAUUGCAGCAGUAAAUAGAGAACAUUUUAGACAUAUGCAAAAUCAAUGUAUUGUGAAAUGCUAAAUAGUCCUAAAGUUCCUUUAUAAUUAUGAAAAUUAUUGCUAUUA